AAAAACAAUGUUAUUACAGUGAACGCCGCGUAUAAGACACGUUACAUUUGCUCGUGUGAAAAGUUUUUGUUUAAUAAUGUCUAUCGGCCUCCUCGAUUCGGCUUUUUCCGCGAUCUCUACCGCUUCUCAAGGAAUUCUCGGAGAUGCUGUGAAAAAUGUCGCCGCCGAUAUAGUUACCACUGUUACCAGUGUUACGAAUACUACUACCGAAAUUGUUUCGCCAACAAAGCCCGAAGAACAACCAAAAGAUGAAAUAAGUGGAACUUUUUACGCAGAGCUCAAAGCCAUGGUGAUGAAUGCCAUCAACGAUGACUCGAGAAUGGUUGGUCAAGCAUUUAAAUUUUUGGAAUCAAAACUCGGUGUGAAAAGAGGAGUAAUAUUAGCUGGAUGCAUCGCAUUUUUAGCUUUAUAUUUAGUCAUCGGAUACGGCGCGCAAUUCCUGAGCAAUUUAAUAGGUUUCAUAUAUCCGGCAUAUGCGUCGAUUAAAGCUAUUGAGUCACCGGAAACUGGAGAUGAUACUAAAUGGCUCACGUAUUGGGUUGUGUUCGCGUUAUUCGCCACGUUCGAAUAUCCUAUCGAAUUCAUUCUGAAAUGGAUUCCGUUUUAUUUCCUUAUUAAAUGUGUGUUCUUCGCAUGGUGUUUCAUGCCGGUUCUAAACGGAUCCAAUACAAUCUACAGAACGAUCAUCAGACCGUUCUUUCUAGAUAUCGAUAAAGAUCUCAGUAGUUCAGUUGCAGCUGGAAUUGUUAAAGUGACCGCGAUGAUUACGAAAUUCAUAUUCUCUUCGGGAUUUAGCUUAGGAGGAAAUUUAGUUGGAAGUUUGACAUCAAAUAUGGUUGGAAAUGUUGCAAAUAAUAUGAAUCCGUUGAAUUUAUUGAAAAAAUAAUUAUGUGGGUACGAGAUGAUGAAUAUCGGUGCUGAAACGUUGAUAAAGAACGAAAUUUCGAAAAAAGAUUAAACUACGUGUCUGUUACCUAGAAAGGCAUUCGAAGCGCUGGGCGUGGAGUUUAUAAUUUUCAUCGUGUCUUUUGUCUCAAGUUUUUUAGUUUCUUUUUGUCUUCAUAAUUAAGUUUGUGUAAUGAUAAUUGAUAAUUUCUCUGAUUUUUACUUAAUAUGUUUCAAUUUUAAAAUAAAUCUAUUGCCGUUUAA